AUGUCCUCCGCCACCCUCCUCGCCGACAUCCGCUCGCGUCUCGUCGUCGAUGUCGACUCGAUGGACCCUGAUGUAGCGGCCCGUCAUACCAAUAUCGCGGCCAAGUUCUGCGACAUGACCUCCAACCAGGCAAUUGUCUACGGCGAGGCCACUCGUCCGGAGCGCGCCGAGCUUUUCAAGAAGGCUUGUGACCACAUCCGAUCAACCAACGCAGAGCUUGACAUCGACACUCAAGUGUCGAACGCGAUAGAUCUUCUUACCGUGUUGCUCGCCAAGGAGGUCUACCCUUACCUCACAGGUCGUGUGCACGCCCAGGCCUCCCCGUCGACGGCGUACGAUACCGAGGCUACUAUCAAUCAUGCGAGGAAGCUCAUCUCCGUUUUCGAGGCCAACGGUAUCCCCAAGACACGGGUUUGCAUCAAGAUCCCCGCCACCCCCGAGUCCGUGGCCCUCGCCGCUCAUCAGGCUGGGUGUCUCUACAUCGCCCCUUACUUCAACGAGCUUCGGGUUCACUUUGUGCCCGGCGUUUGGAAGGAGUACACAGACACCGCCAAAGAGCACCCGGCCUCGCCCGUCAUCGCUUCGAUCGUCAAACUUUACAAGGAGAUCGACACCAAGACCCUCGUCAUGCCCGCCAGUAUUGUAACGGCAAAAGAGGUCGUCGCCCUCGUCACGCUCGGACCCGACCAUCUCACCCUCUCCGGCGCUGUCUUGAACCAGCUUGCGGCUGCCAAGGGCUCGGAAGUUUCCCUCGAAGCUGAAGCCUCCGUGGGCGUAGCAGUCGAGCCCGAGGUAAAGUCAGCCGACUACCUUGCCAAUGGUGGCGCUGCUCUCAAGUCCGCCAUUGCUGCCGACGCUGAAACGAGUCGCAAACUGGAGGAUGCGCUGAAGAUCUUCGGCGAACAGGAGGACAAGACCAAGGACCUCAUCCGCGCGGCGCUGAUGGCCUAG